ACUUUAGGGGAUACAAGUAACACUAAUAGUAAAAAGCCUAAAACAAAUAACUUGUCGAGAUUGCACUUACUAUUUGUUGCACUUCUCGCGGCCAAGAAUCAGGCGGGAAAACCAAACUACUUGGCGGGAAAGUAAAACAGUUUCAAGGCUUCUCUACUUCUGGAGUCCCAAAUAUGUUCUCGAGCAGCCAGUUCGACGCAGCCACCGCCUUCUCCGGCGGCGGAUUUAUGCCUUCUCAGUCUCAGUCUUCUCAGUUCGUUAAUUCAACUCCAUCUCAGGAUAAGCAGAGCCGGGACACACAGGGAUUGUUAUCAGCUACGGUGAAGCAGAUAAGUGAAGCUUCUCAAUCUGGCGAUGAGAAGCCCAAUUUCACAAUUGACGGUGUUCAUGUGAACAAUGUUAAGGUGGUCGGGAUGCUGUUUAACAAAAACGUAAGGUCCUCAGAUGUUCGUUUCGAGCUUGAUGAUGGAACUGGCCGAAUUGAAUGUAUAAGAUGGGUAACUGAAAGUGCUGACGCAAGGGAAAUGGAUGCAAUAGAUGGGGAUGGAACAUAUGUUCGUGUCAUUGGACACUUGCAAAGCUUUCAAGGCAAAAAGCAACUAAAUGCCUUUUCUGUGAGGCCUGUCACAAAUUUUGAUGAAAUUACUUGCCACUUUAUUGAGUGCAUACAUUACCAUCUGCAGAACUCCAAGGUACAGUUGGAGGGUGGUGCCCCAGCCCAGCCACAGAUGACAAAUUCAUCAUUCAGCACCCCUGUUCGAGGUGCAUCAAAUGGAUACCAGCCAGCUUCGGUGAAUGAUGUUUCCGUCCAAUAUAGUACUGAUGGAUUCAAGGGUUUUGAUAAAUUGGUCCUGAACUAUCUGCAGCAACCUUCAAACAUUGAUCGAGAAAUUGGGGUGCAUGUAAAUGAACUUUCACAACACUUGAAAGCUCCUGUAGAGAAGAUCAAGGAUGCUAUUGAGUUUCUUGAAAGAGAAGGUUUGGUGUACUCCUCCAUUGACGAUUACCACUACAAGGCAGUGGAAGGUUGCUAAGUUUGUGAGUGCAGCUUUAAUUUAGCUUGGAAUUGCGUUUUUUGGGUCCGUAAUGAUUGAAUGAAGAAGUAUGAUACUCACAUCCCUGGAUAUUUUUGAUAGAGCAUACAUGUAUGCGUGUAUAUAUCUAAUGCUAGGAGUGUACGGGAUGCUUCAUUCAAUCUAGGCUGGGGAUGGAUUGUUGAAAUUUUAUAUUAAUUUGAUCAUAUAUUUUGGUGCUAUUAAUUUUCAUUUUGUCA